AAAAAUAAAAUAAAAUGAAAUAAAAAUAAGAAAUAGUGAAAAUAAAAAACAUUCCCGAAGAAAGAAAAUGUAACCCCUGAGAAGGGAGAAUUGGGCAAGAGUUAGAAUGAACUUAAGUUCUGAGUAAUGUCUGUUUGAAUCUACAAGUAAUAAAUGCAUUCUUUUAACCUUUGGAUUAAAUCAUACAUCUUAAAUAGCCUUUCUGUUUAGUUCACUCGAAAGAAUGCUUUUUGCUUUUGCUAUGUGGUACCUGCAAAAUCAGGAGGGGUUUGCUCUAAAAUAGUUUUCCCUGCUGCAUUCUUCGGGGCUCUGUGAAUGCUCAAAUCAGUGGCCAGCCUUUCCUUCUCAUUGCCUUCCUCUCCCCAAGCAAUUCUCCCUGCUCUGAUUGUGUCUCUGCUAAAUGGGCCUCCUAGGAAAUGGAUGUUCAUUCCCUGGCUUCAGUUAAGGUAGCUCCAGAUUGUGGCCAUCUUUCAAGUAGAAGACAGCUAAGCCUGGAAUACUACCAUUUCUCCCUAGACAAGGAAGGAUAGAUGUCAAAGGAAUUCUUUUCUGACAGUUCUCAUAUGACCUUUAUGUGUCUUUUCUCAGAAGCAAUAUUUUGUUCCAGCCAGAUGUGUUCUUGGUGUGUCAGUAUGUAUAAAAAUAUGGCUUUCCAAUAGUGACAUUUAGGAUUUGGACAAGGUGAACCUAUUUGUCAACUGAGUUAGGAAACAUGCUUUGUUAAUAGCUCUUUCCACAAUUAUCUGAAAUGGUUAUCAGUUUGAACAUGAUGAAAUCUGAUGAGUCUUUCACUCUAUACAGUUAUUUGCCACUUAGUGGUGGGGAUGCGUUCUGAGAAACGUGUGCUGUGUGAACAUUGCAGAGUGCACACAAACCUUGAUGGGAUAUCCUACUACCUACCGAGGCCCUGUGGUACAGUCUGUUGCUCCUAGGCUGCAAAACUACACGGCCUAUUACUGUACUGAACAUUGUAGACAACUGGAACACAAUGUGUCUUCCAUGAAGAAAUGAUGAAGAUGCGACAGGCUAAACUGGAUUAUCAGAGGCUACUACUUGAGAAGAGGCAGAGGAAAAAGCGCCUUGAGCCGUUUAUGGUGCAGCCCAAUCCAGAAGCCAGGCUACGGCGGGCGAAGCCAAGGGCCAGUGAUGAGCAGACUCCCUUGGUGAACUGUCAUACUCCCCACAGCAAUGUCAUCUUACAUGGUAUUGAUGGUCCAGCUGCUGUCCUGAAACCAGAUAAGGUCCGCACUCCGUCAGUAAGCUCCCCUGCUUUGCAAGAUGCUGCCGAAAACGCCGUGGGCACCGCUUCCAAGCCAGGACUCCAGGAGAGUCUCCAGAAGCAUGAUAUCUCUGAAAGUGUGAACUUCGAUGAGGAGACUGAUGGAAGAUCCCAGUCAGCAUGUUUAGAAAGACCAAAUUCUGCAUCCAGCCAGAAUUCAACUGAUACAGGCACUUCCUGUUCUGCUACUGCAGCCCCACCAGCUGAUAACCUCCUGGGAGACACAGACGACCUGGAGGACUUUGUGUAUAGUCCUGCCCCUCAAGGUGUCACAGUAAGAUGUCGGAUAAUCCGGGAUAAAAAGGGAAUGGAUCGGGGCCUCUUCCCCACCUACUAUAUGUACUUGGAAAAAGAAGAAAAUCAGAAGAUAUUUCUUCUUGCAGCUAGAAAGCGGAAAAAGAGCAAAACAGCCAACUACCUCAUCUCCAUUGAUCCAGUUGAUUUAUCUCGUGAAGGAGAAAGUUAUGUCGGCAAGCUUAGAUCCAACCUCAUGGGGACCAAGUUUACCGUUUACGACCGUGGUAUCUGCCCCAUCAAGGGCCGGGGUCUGGUAGGAGCGGCCCACGCCCGGCAGGAGCUGGCCGCCAUCUCCUAUGAGACGAACGUACUUGGGUUUAAAGGUCCUAGGAAAAUGUCUGUGAUCAUUCCUGGAAUGACACUGAAUCAUAAGCAGAUCCCAUAUCAGCCACGAAACAACCAUGACAGUUUGCUCUCAAGGUGGCAGAACAAAACUAUGGAAAAUCUGAUUGAACUGCACAACAAGGCCCCCGUCUGGAACAGUGACACUCAGUCCUAUGUCCUCAACUUUCGUGGCCGGGUCACUCAGGCAUCAGUGAAGAACUUCCAGAUAGUCCACAAAAAUGACCCUGACUAUAUAGUCAUGCAGUUUGGACGUGUAGCAGAUGACGUGUUCACGCUGGACUACAACUACCCACUUUGCGCAGUUCAGGCCUUUGGCAUCGGUCUUUCUAGCUUUGACAGAGUGCCUCCCACAGCUGUAUCACUACGGAUCCAUUAGUGUGGAGCGACACACAACUGCAGGCAUCUGGUGCAAACAUUUUGUCGUUAUCAAGAGAGAUAGCAGUAUUGACCAUUUAGUUUAGUUUAAAAAAAAAAAAAAGGUGGCAGGAGAGGCUUUGGGGAGGACCAGCCAGCAGACAUGAGCACUGCUGGCCCGUGUGGCAGAGCUUUGGACUUUGUUUGCGGCUCCCCCAACCCAGGUUCAUAGGCAUAGAAGGUAUUUUGCUACAUUUUUGGAUUAUUACACCCCUCCACGUAUUAUGUGACUCUUACACCAGUUCAUCCCUCCCAGAAUGUAUCCAAACCUUGAGAAUACGGGAGCUCUGUGAGCUCCACUGUCAGCACCGCGGAGCUGCAUCGCUUGUGCACAGAACUGCCAGCACUGGGUGGGACGUCCAUGGCGGCUGCUCCCUCAGACUUCCCUUCUGUGGACAAACCGCUCACCCCUGCCUGUUGUUCCUGCACCACAUCAGAUAAGCACGUGAAGGAGAGCCAGCUGGGAGCUGCGGGACCCUUGGCUUUUCCCCCGCGACAAGUCCCACCUUCUGGGUGAGGACGAGACUGUUGACAUCUCAGGCAUGUUUCCCACCAAGUGCCUCCCUCACAGCCGUGCCCAGAAGCCUCACACCUCAUCACCACCACCCCCCACCCCAUCCUGAGGCACUGCCUGGCAGAUUACCCUGGUUGACCGCAGAAGCUAUUAAUACACGACAGCAUCUGGGGAAGGACUUAUGGUGGGCCAGGUGGACCUCAUCCUGCUUCCUCCUCCUCCCUCUGGUUUAAAGAGAUAUAUAAACUAAUUUCACAUAAUUUGUGUGUGCAGGUGAUUGGUUUUUACAUAAGUCCUAUUUAUACCUUUUAUAUGUUAUAGAAAUAAAAGUUAAUUUAUAUAAAAA